UGAUACUGGGUGCUUUCCAAGAUCAAGAGAAGUGAUGUCAUUAGUGAUGUCAUCUUACUCCGAUUGUAACAUUUCAGAUAAAAAAGAGAUUUGUACGUAGAAGAACGUUGAAAGAUGGCCACUGUAGAUUGGGAAGAAAUUAAGAGACUGGCCGCUGAUUUCCAGAAGGCCCAGCUCAGCUCGACUUUGCAAAAACUUUCUGAACGAAAUUGUAUAGAGAUUAUAGUGACAUUGGUUGAAAACAAGCUUUUGGAUAUCAUAUUUACUAAUGAUGGCAGAGAAUACGUGACUCCUCAGCAUCUUGAGAAAGAAAUCAAAGAUGAACUGUAUAUGCAUGGUGGAAAAGUUAGUUUAGUUGAUUUGGCGCAAAUUCUUAAUGUUAAUUUGUCGCAUAUAACUAAAGUAGUAUCUGAAAUCGAAAAGCACAAUAAAGGGUUAAAAGUAAUAUUGGGACAACUCAUUGAUAAAAGUUACAUAAACAAAAUUGCAGAAGAGAUAAAUGACAAACUUGUCCAGCAUGGUUGUAUCAAUGUGGCUGAGUUGACACUUACUUACAAUUUGCCAGCUGAAUUUCUGCAAUCAGUCAUUGAGAAAGAACUUGGAAGGAUAAUACAUGCAACACAAGAUACUCAAGAUCUUAAAGUCUUUUACACCGAAAGUUUUGUUGCCAGAAAUAGAGCAAAACUAAAAGGUGCUUUGUCUGCUAUUACAAAACCUACACCAUUAUCUACGAUAUUAGGACAAUGUGGUGUUUCAGAAAGAAUUUUUUUUUCAAUUCUAGAUAGUCUGCAAGAAUUAAAACAAGUACCUGGAGUUGUAACUGGAAAACAGAGUGGAAAUAGUAUUUAUAUACCUACUAUAUACUCUAAAAGUCAAAACGAAUGGGUUGAAAACUUUUACAAACAGAACGGAUAUUUAGAAUACGAUGCGCUUACAAGACUUGGUAUAUCAGACCCAUUGAGUUUCAUAAAACGUCAUUUUCCGAAUAAAAACAUGGUUUUUUUGAAAUCAGUAGCGGUUGGGACAAUAGUAACCGAUCAAGUAGAUGCCAAUAUUGACGAAAUUGUUGCAACCGGAUCUUUCGUUGAUGUUUAUCCUCUUUUACCAUCUGUAUUCAGCGACGAGGAUGCGGAAAUUCUUCUUAAAUUAUCCACAAAAAAGACAAAGAUGAAUGUACAUGUAUUUGCAAAGACAGUAGCGGUGUCUGAUGCAUUUUUGCAAACUUUAACAAAAUCCCUCGAAAAGAUAGCGGAACAAAAAGCUCAAGAAAUGGUGUUAAAUGGAAAGUGGAUUCAAUCUGUUGUUGAAAAUAAAUUAAAAUCUAAACCCGCGGAUGUAAUAAAUGAUAGUAAAAUGAGUAGAAAAGAAGAACGUAGGAAAAAAGCAACUGUUGGCAAAUCCGGUGGUGGUAACCAAGGCAGGGAAACCAAAACUAAGUCCACAAAAAAGAAAUAUCUUCAAGGAAAAAUACAAGAAAACGAGUCUGAUGAAGACGAGACGAAGCAGGCAACGGUUGGAAGAGGCGAAAUCACAGUAAUAUCAAUAGAGGAUGUGAGAACUGAAAUUGUAAAAGACGAGAAUAUAUCUGUAAUUGAAGAAUUAGUUGAGGAAUUAGCGUGUCUCUUGCAACCAAAAUUAAACAAAUAUGCAUUAUCAUUAACAGAACAAUUGGCGCAAUCUAAUAAAACCACGAAUCUAAACAAGAUUGGUGAACGUCUCAAUAUUCUAAUAAUGAACAUUCGAAUAUUCGACAAAGGUAUCAGACAUUUUGACAAAGCGGAUCAAGUUCCGCUAGCUAAAUAUCUGUUGAAAUCUCUGGGUCUUGAUUUUGUCACGAGUAUAUUUAAAUUGGCUGCCCAGCAAAAUAUGCUCCAAGUACCGGAAAAUAUCACAAUUGAAACGAGACAAAAAUUGUUACUCGAAUUUCCCGCAGAUGUUAAAGAACCAUUAACUGCUAUUCACAAAACGGUGAUGGGAGAUUCGGUAGAGAAUUUUUUGAAUUCUACUGACGAAGCAAUGGCUGCUUGCUGUUUAGUGCUGAAAAAGUACGAUAAGAAGAAAGAGCGACCGCAAAUACAAUCUCACAAAGAGGCUUUGUUUGAAGAGCUUAAUGCUACGCAAGAUCCCGCAUUAGCGCUUCAUCUAGUCACAAACAUACUCUUCACCGCCAUUACGCAAAAUGCUUUGCACAUGUCCGGUAGACAUGUAACAACCGUUCUCGCGUUUCUUCAAAAACAAUUGGAUCCUGAUACAAUGUCGAUUCUCUCCAAAUAUCAUGAGUUGGUUCUCAAUUUACUAAGUGCCUCUGACGGAGACACAAAAAUGGAAGCUUCUAGUGCCUUAGAAAAAGGCCUGGCAGAUAUGAAAAAUGUCGCUAACAAUUUUAAGUACCCUAAUAAGUCAGAAUAAACAAGAUUUCAAGUAUAAAUGAUGUAAACUUAUUUACACAGGCAGUGGGAUAUAUGUAAUUCUAGUUAUAAUGUUGUAUUUUGUAAAGUAUUUUAAUAAAAUAUAUACGAAAGAGA